AUGACUGAAAAUAAUAAUAUUGAAUUAGUGCUAAAGCAACAGGAUAUGAUUGAUUUAUGUUUAGAAUAUCCAAUUAUCACUUAUAAGAUUGUAAAAAAAUUGGGUUUCGAAAAAGAUAAAAGUUUACUCAACAUUACUGAUAAAGUGGUAUCUGAUAUUAUUAAGCAAGUAUUGGAUAGUGAAACCUGGGAUUCAGCAAGAUAUUAUAAACUUAAUAGCAAAUCCGGAUAUUUCUCAGAGAAAUCGUACACUAUUUGA